GGCAGACAAGAUGAUGGCAGCUCGCAAGCUAUGGCCGGCUCUGCUGGCAGCAGCAGUGCUCGCUGACGGCGGUGGUCAGUGGAGCGCCGCGCAGAUGCCGGCGGCGCCGCGCGAGAGCGGUGGCUGGGUGCUCGUCGAGCGAGGGCUGCAGGGCACAGGGGGCGUGCUCAAGGGUGCCGGAGACAUCGUCUCCCUAGGAGUCGGCGGCACCUUCCGCCUCGCCGGCUCCUUCGUGCGCUUUCUGGGCUCCGGCAUCGAGACGGUCGGCAACGCCGUGGCGGGCGACGCGGCGGCGGUGGGUGACGGCAGGGGCGAGCUGCGCGACGGCGAUGCGGGCGGUGCGACGCGGCGGCUCCUGUCUCGGCCGAUGAAGGUGGUGUCGGGCGCGGUCAAGUCGGCGGGGGACGGCUUCACGAUGCUGGGCGACACGACGGAGCGCAUCGCCGGCGAGGCGCUCGGCAUCAUGCCCGACGCCGUGGACGUAGUGCAGUCGGGGGUGGGAGCGCUGCGGAAGCGAGUGCGCUUCGACGUCAACGAGGACUCGUCCGGGAGCGACUGGCGCUACCUGGCCGCGCUCUCCGCCGAGGCGGGCGGGCGCGCCACGCCGCCACUUCACGAAGGCCCGCACGCCUCCUCGCCGGCUGCCGCUGCCGGCGACGCCUCCGGGGCAGAGGCUGCGCGCUGGGCUGCGGCGGCGGCGGCGGGGCGGGAGCCGGCGGCUGCCGCGGGCGGAGGCGCGAUGCCGGAGGGCGGCGGCAGCGUGGAGCGGCUGGUGGGCCCCCGCUCCACGCCACACGCCGCCCUCGCCCUCCUCUGCCUCGCGGCGCGAGAGCUCCUCCAGAUUGCAGAGACGCGAGCAAUGGCGAGCCUGCAGCUGCGGCCCGGCGCGCCGGCCGAGAGCCUCGGCUGGCUGAAUGUGCUGCUGGCGGCGGGCUGGACGGCGACGUGGGGUCCGUACCUCCACGAGACGCUGACCGCGUCGAUCGAGCGCUCGCUCGCGACGCUACCGCUGCCACGCACGCUCUCCUCGAUCGCGCUGACGAGCCUGCAGGUUGGCUCCCGCCCGCCCUUCCUCCUCUCGGGCUCCGCCGCCGCCUGCCUCGGCCCGCCGCCGCACGAGCGGCCCGGCGCCGCCGCGGCGCCGCCGCCGUCGUCGAGCUGGAGCUCGACACGCCGGACGCGCAUUGCGAGCUCGAGCGAGCUCGAGUUCCGCUUCGCCAACCUCGCCUCGCGCCCGCGCCUCCGCCUCUCCCGCCCGCGGCUGCACGCGCGGGUAGAUGCGGGAGCGCUGCGCGGGACGCUGCGGCUGCACUGGGAGUGGAUCCGCGAGUACCCGUACAUCGGGCGGGUACGCUACACCUUCCUGCAGCCGCCCUCCUUCGAUGCGGGCCUCGAGCCGCUCGGAGGCGUCGACGUGACGCAGCUGCCCGCCGUCGGCCCGCGGGACGAGGCAGACUGCACCGCCAUCGCGUCCAGCAGGCUCUGGACGGGGAAGCCGCCCGGCCGCGCGUGGCCGGCGAUCAGCCCCUCCCACGUGAACGCCACCCUGGCCACGACCGAGCUGAACUCGCCCGCGCCGCCGCCGUCGUCCAUGGUUCCUCCCUUCCACGCGAGCAUGACGCCGGUGGCGAGCCCAAAGGCGGUGAGCUCGGGCGUGGCGAAGAGGCCGGCCGACGGGGCGGCGGGCGUGAGGUCGGCGCGGCUGCUGCCGCGGCCGGUGCCGCCGAUCACGCGCACGGCCUACACGCUUGACCGCGGGGGACGCCUGACGCGGCUUGACGACCGCAGUUGGGGGAGCAAGAGAAAGGACGGCUCCUAGCUCGGGCGCGUGGCGUGGUGGUGGUGUGCUGUCGGUUGGAGUGUGCGCGAGCGGGUGGAAGGCGACUCUCGUCCGCACGCGGCUCUGCCGGUGCGAGUCCGGUGCGCGAGCCAAGGAGAGAGUAGGUGACUAGGUCGUGUGCUGGGGGAGGGAGGGGGUGUGUCGUGUGUGCGCGAAGCCUGUUGUGUCAAGCCACACGUGCUGCACCUGCACGGUCAUCUUACUAAGACAAUGAACGACAA